GAUGAUCUCUAGAGGUCCCUUCCAACCCCUACAAUUCUGUGAUUCGAUUCUGUGAUUGCUGAGCAAUGCAGCUGUCCCUGGCUUUGGUGCUUGUUUCUAUUACAGCUACUUGAAAGGAGGUUGUAGUGAGUUGGGGGUCAGCCUCUUCUGCCAGGUAACAGUGACAGGAUGAGAAGUAACAGCUUUAAGUUGUGCCACGGGGAGGGUUCAGGUUGGAUGUUAGAACUGAAUUACUAACACCUUGUGGUAGUAGUAGAGCUGUGGGACACUUGGAAGAGGAAUGCUUGGGAAUGGGCUUGUCAUCCAGUGCCGUAUCUAACUUUUAGGUGUUUAAUACUACGGUACAUUAUUGUUUAUGAUGUAAUACUGGCAUUAUAGGUCAAAUCUAAAAGAUUUUAGCAUGCAGCUGCCUAAGUAUGUGAUCUUUGAUCCCAUGAGCAUCCCAUUAACUGCUGACCUGACAGUUAUCCAGAAGGUUCCAGCACUGCCUCGUGAGUGCCAUCAGGAAGUGGUUGUGAAUGUAUUGGGGACAGCCCUGGAACAAAUGGCCUUGGAAGAAAGAGGAAUGAUAAUGUGCGCAUUUCUUCAUGUGCCUUAACAAAAAUAUGAGAAGAAAAGUACAAUUUUACAUAUUAAAUGAUUAUCUUGGAAAAUAUUUGAGUAUGAGGUAGUAAGAUGCACGAUAAGGAAGAAAGAACACUGUAAAAUAAAUGGCAUUAACAUAUCUAACCUCACAUUUCCACUUCCAAGGAUUCUGCUGCUGCUUCUGCAGUAAAUAAAACAUGUUACUGUUUGUACACUUUGUGAAGUGCAUCCAGGAUGAUAAAAGCUUUUAUUGGUGUAGUAAAUAUUAGUUGCUGGCAUUUAAGAGUAUUUGGUGUUUUUGGUGGCUGUUUCACUGCAUGUUUAAUACAACAUCAGAGACUGGUGUUGGUCUUUUGAGUAGUGGAUGUUACUCACACGCAUUCUGACAAAGCUGUUGUGGAAGACUCAUGUUCCAGCAGCUCAGCGACUGCCUGCAGGAAGGUGGUUGUGGAUUCUGAGAGGGUAAACUCACGCUGCUGUGGGCAGGUGGGAGAUGGGGAGUUCUUCCUGUGGAACUUGUUAGAGAAAUGCCGGAGGCUCAGGCUGGUUUUCCUUGGUCAUCCAGAAGCUUCAGGCUGUGUUAUGGGGAGAAAUGGUGGUGGUACUUGAGGGGACUUUUCCAGCCCUUAGUCCUCUAGGGGUGUGUUUUGUAUUUGAAACAUAAAUGUGAAGAUGUGAGAAAUCAGGAAGCGCUUCACCUAAAUCUGCUUGGCUCAGGGAACAAGCAACAGGGGAGGUGGCUUUUUGUUUUUCUUUUAGGCCCGAUUUCCUACAGAAAGUGAUUGAUACUGUUUAUCCCUUUUUUCCCCUCAUUCUUUCCUUACAUAUUUGCCAAUAGCUUUUGUAGUCACAGGACACUUGCAACCGUGUUUGUAGGAGGGAUAGAGAUCUCAGAGUGUCACAUUCCUACAGUUUUGGGGAAGGCAAACAAACUGGGUAGAGAGAAACCUGUCAGUUCCCUUUCUUGAGAGAGAGAGAGACGCCGUGCUGUGAGUUUGGCUCUGAUUUGCUUUUCAGCGUGUGCAGGUCUCUGCUGUGCAGGAGGUGACUGGUUGUAGGCUGCCUUGUUACUGUGGGGCUGAUGAAAGGCAGAGCUGUAGGAGCUGUGCCCUACUGCCCAUUACUGCAUAUUCUGAUCAUUAACUGAUGAAUUAUUGUCCUCAUCAGGAUUAGGUAAUAACAUAGGUACUGAAGUUCAUAGCACUGUGAUCAACUUGCAAGAUUCUCUUUAGUCUCAGUGGAGUGUUUUGUCCUUUGUGGUGGUGGGUCUACAGGAAUUUCUGUCAGGCUUAGUGGAAGUGGGGGGGAAAGUGAAGAAAACUUCACUAGCUUGUUUUUAACUCCUGGACAAGUCUCUGCUCAGUAAUACCAGAUAUUCUUUUCAAACCUCUGUUACGGAUAGAAUGUUUACAAAUUUUGUAGGAUGCAGCUUAUUACAAUAUGUCAGUUAUGAAGUACUGUAGUAGAUGUAAAAUAGCUACACGGCUUUGACUUGUGCUUGUUUUAAAGUAGUUUUCGUAGUAACAAGUAUUCUGAAGUAAACCAGCUUCUCUUCUGUCUGUGCAUAGAAAAGCAAGUAGCAGCAUGAAUCAUGGCUUCCAAGAACUGUCAGAGUAGGAAUGCACAUUCUCCCCCUAUUCACACGCUUUCCUCGCUGUCAAUUUUAAUGAGGUAAUAUGAUUUAAUAAAGCUUUUCUUGCCAUCCGCUGCAGCAACAUUCAUUAUAUGUAAUCAGGCUGCUGUUAGCAAGCGUGUGGCUGAGGGUGAAAGUAGUUUGGAACUUGUGUGCUACUUUCAAUGAUAGCUUGUUAUUUCAGUAACCUUGCUUAAAAUACAUUUCAUUAUCCAUCAGCAAUACAUGCAGAUUUUCAGGUGAGAAUAUUUUUGUUGUUUUGAGGGUUUCUUUUCAGAUUGUAUAUGUAUAUUUAUAUAUAUAUAUAUUGCCAGCCUAGCAGUAUUAAACAUUUUGUGCUGCGCUAAAGGUUUACGUGAUGUUUCCCAGGUAAAGACACAGUUUGAGCCUCAAGGAGCUUGUGAUCUAAGUGCCACUGAUAUAGAAAAUGAGGAGAAUGAGCUAAGAAAAGGGGACAAGGAUUCAAAUGAAUGUUAGUCAUAGCAAGCAACUUAAACAAGUUGUAAUUGCUAUGUACAGAGUAAGGUAGACCAGUGUGUAAAAAGGUGGGAGUAUAGAGGCAGAAGGUAGCAUAAAGCAAAUCCAAAUAGUAGAGAGAUUUGAAGGAAUAGAGGGAAAAUAUUUUACUGAGCAGGAUUUGGAAAGCAUAACAACAUCAGAAGAGUGGGCUGAAUCAAGAUGAAGAUGAAUGGGGAUGUGGUAGGAAAUGGAGAGAGGAAAAACAGAGGAAACGUUUAAAUUAUGGCUUUUAUGAAGAGGAAAAAAGAGGAAAAAAAUAGAAAGAGACAGGGAAAGGGCUGGGGAAAUGUGCUGGUUUGAUCGGUUUGGCAGGAAAGCUGGGACACACAUCCUAGUGCUAAGACUUUCCCUUACCCCCUGCCCCACCCUGACAUUCAGCUCUUGAUUUCAAUAGCUUUCAAAAGGAGUGGCAGAUCAACAGCACUGGCCUGAAAACUCAGGCAUGUGUGUUCCCCUGUCACUGUCUCUCAUUCCACUCAGGUUUUGAAUGAGCUGGUGGAUUUCUUUAUGCAUUUCUGCACCAUUGAGGUGGGACACCUGGCUUCUAGAAGCACCUUCCUUCUUCUCACAUUAGACUUGCCUAAUGAAAUAUACUUUUGCAAUCGCCUUCUUCAGUCACUGGCAUUCUCUCUCUCUAUUGUGACAUCUUCCAGCUGCAUUGUAUGUAUCUGGGGACAAGAUGGGGACAAAUUAGGGAUUUUGAAGUUCUUUUUUUUACAUAUGUCAAAAGGAAUUGGUUUACGGUGGAAAUAGGUGUAUGGAUUCCUUAACAGAUAUACUUUGCCUUAUGCAAGUGUUCACUGCAUGAUUGUCAGCAAUGCUGUUGUUACCACAUUCUGGCAUGCGUAUGUAUAAAGCUCAUCCCUGUUUGUAGGAGUGAUGCUUGUUUGUUCACAUAAAUAUUUGGGGUAUGGUUUGUUCUACUCAGUGGAACUCACUGACGCUUAAGUUUGUCCUCAGUGAGGGGGAGAUGGCUUUUGCUCUUUGCUGUGCUGUGCUAUGCUGCGUUCCCUGAGUGUUCUGAGGUGGAUCACGCCUACUGCCCAAACCCUCAUACGAAGUUAAGAUUGUAUCGGUGUAUAUGGGUUCUGGAAAUGUGGCUGGUAUAUCACUGGUGUUAUGGAAGAAGGGCAUAACUUGCUGCAAAGCAGUUGUAACAAUGUUAACAUGUAGUAGGCGCUGUUAGAACUGUAACUGUGGUGCUACCCUCAGGCCGUUGUGUUAGGCCGCAGGUUUGGUCUUCAGCCUGAAGGAAGUUCAGACUUUAGAGCUGAGUAAAAGGAGGGAUAUGUACAUCUGAAGUUCUCAUGGACACUCUAAUUUUGUUGAGUAUAGAGUUGGGGUGUGAAGUUGUGAACUCUUUAGGGCUAGAACUAAAGUGACCAUAAUAGCAGCAGAUGAAACGGGGCAGCAAUCAAGGGCUCAUCCACAAGUUGUUUCAAACAGAUUCAUUUUCAUAGAGCUGUUUUUUUGUUUUGCUUUUCAGAACACUGUGCCAAAAAAGACUUUUGCUCAGAUGACAUCACAUUUGGACUACUAAAGCUAUCCACCCACUUUUCAAGGCAUAAUGGAUUUCUAGGUAAUUUAACAGAUGCAGUGUGAAGCCCAUUCCUUCAUUUGCAAAAACCUCUGGAAAGUUAUUUGGAUGCUGUAUAUUGAAUGUUGGUGAAAUUAGUAACAGGUAGCUGUACUGUGGGGAGGAAACACUGAAGAACUUACUGGCAGGCACCAGAUUGUAGAAAAUUCAUAAUUUAACGCUUUUGUGCAGAAGAGGAUACUCCACAUUAUUCUUGAGAAGAACCAGCGUUUCAUCCCUAAACCAUACACUUCAACAAGUCCCAAAGUAUAAAAGGCAAACGUACAAAUGUCUACCACAAGACUAAAGUGUGCUAUGUUAUGUUUUUUACCAUAAGCACCCAUAAAAUGAGCUCCAUUGCAGACAGAAAUGAUGGAAGCAUUUUUGAUGGUCUGGUGGAAGAAGAUGACAAAGAUAAAGCAAAAAGAGUGUCUAGAAACAAGUCUGAAAAGAAACGUCGAGAUCAGUUUAAUGUUCUUAUCAAAGAGCUGGGUUCCAUGCUUCCAGGUAAUGCUCGGAAGAUGGAUAAAUCCACUGUACUGCAGAAGAGCAUUGACUUUUUACGGAAGCACAAAGAAAUUACUGCACAAUCAGAUGCCAGUGAGAUUCGACAGGACUGGAAACCAACAUUCCUUAGUAAUGAAGAGUUCACACAGUUAAUGUUAGAGGCUCUUGAUGGUUUUUUUUUAGCAAUUAUGACAGAUGGAAAUAUAAUAUAUGUGUCUGAAAGUGUAACUCCUUUACUUGAACAUUUGCCAUCUGAUCUUGUGGAUCAGAGUGUAUUUAAUUUUAUCCCAGAGGGGGAACAUUCAGAAAUCUAUAAAAUUCUGUCUUCUCAUCUGCUGGAAAGUGAUUCAUUGACACCAGAAUACUUAAAAUCAAAAAAUCAGCUAGAAUUCUGCUGCCAUAUGCUGCGAGGAACAAUAGACCCAAAAGAGCAACCUACAUAUGAAUAUGUAAAAUUCAUAGGAAAUUUCAAGUGUUUGAAUAAUGUUCCCAAUUCAGCACACAAUGGUUUUGAAGGAACUAUUCAGCGGUCGCACCGGCCUUCAUAUGAAGACAAAGUUUGCUUUAUAGCCACAGUUAGAUUAGCUACACCUCAGUUUAUCAAGGAAAUGUGCACUGUUGAAGAACCCAAUGAAGAGUUCACAUCUAGGCAUAGCUUAGAAUGGAAGUUCCUAUUCUUGGAUCACAGGGCACCUCCAAUAAUUGGCUAUCUUCCAUUUGAAGUUUUGGGAACGUCGGGCUAUGAUUAUUAUCAUGUGGAUGAUCUAGAUAAUCUGGCAAAAUGUCAUGAGCAUUUAAUGCAAUAUGGGAAAGGGAAGUCGUGUUAUUACAGAUUCCUUACGAAGGGACAGCAAUGGAUUUGGCUGCAAACACAUUACUAUAUCACGUAUCACCAGUGGAAUUCCAGGCCAGAGUUUAUCGUCUGUACGCACACAGUUGUAAGUUAUGCAGAAGUCAGAGCAGAAAGGCGGCGAGAACUCGGUAUUGAGGAGUCUCUUCCAGAGAUAAAAGCAGAUAAAAGUCAAGACUCUGGAUCUGAUAAUCACAUAAACACAGUGAGCCUCAAAGAAGCUCUGGAAAGGUUUGAUACCAGCCCCACACCUUCCGCUUCCUCCAGGAGUUCAAGAAAAUCUUCACAUACUGCAGUAUCAGAUCAUUCGUCGACACCAACUAAAAUGACAGUGGACACUAGCACUCCCCCAAGACAAAGCUUAUCUGCUCAUGAAAAGUCUACACAAAGAAGAUCAUCUCUGAGUAGCCAGUCUUUAAGCUCCCAGUCUCUUGGACAACCAGUAACACAGCCAACAAUGUCUCAGCCUGCUACCUUACAGCUCCAGUCCAGCAUGUCCCAGCCUGUCUUUCAGUUUUCAGCUCAAUUGGGAGCUAUGCAGCACCUAAAGGACCAGCUAGAGCAAAGAACACGCAUGAUAGAGGCAAAUAUUCAUCGGCAGCAAGAAGAGUUGCGGAAAAUUCAAGAACAGCUUCAAAUUGUCCACGGUCAAGGACUGCAGAUGUUCUUGCAGCAGUCAACUUCUGGACUAAACUUCAGUUCUGUGCAGCUUACAUCUGGAAAUUCUUCAAGUGUUCAGCAACUUGCACCAGCAAACAUGCAAGGUCAGGUUGUUCAGACUAAUCAGACUCAAAGUGGGAUGAGCACAGGACAUACAAGUACACCUCACAUGAUCCAGCAACAGCCUUUGCAGAGCUCUGCAUCACAGCAUAGUCAGCCAAAUGUACUUAGUGGACACAGUCAACAAUCUUCUCUUGCCAGCCAGUCACAGAACACAGUCUCAACGCCUUUGUAUAACACUAUGGUGAUUUCUCAGCCAACAACCGGAAAUGUGGUCCAGGUUCCUUCUAGCUUACCACAGAACAAUAACCAGAAUGCUGCUGCAGUAACUACUUUUACUCAAGAUAGGCAAAUCAGAUUUUCUCAAGGUCAGCAGCUUGUAACAAAACUUGUCACAGCCCCAGUGGCGUGUGGAGCGGUAAUGGUACCAAGUACUAUGUUUAUGGGACAGGUGGUGACAGCUUAUCCCACUUUUGCUGCCCAACAGCAGCAGCCACAGACUUUGCCAGUAACACAGCAACAGCAGCAGCAGCAGCAAAGUCAGCAAGACCAGCAGCAGCAGCAGCAGCAGCUCACUGCAGUUCAACAACCAGCUCAGCCGCAGCUGACCCAGCAACCACAACAGUUCCUACAGACAUCCAGGUUACUUCACGGGAAUCAGUCAGCUCAGCUUAUCCUCUCUGCUGCUUUCCCACUACAGCAAAGCACUUUCACUCAGUCCCACCACCAGCAGCACCAGCCGCAGCAGCAGCAGCAGCAGCUCUCACGGCACAGAACUGACAAGAUGACGGAUCCUUCCAAAGCGCAGCCACAGUAGCUGGGGGCUCGGCCUCUCUGGGAAGUCACGUACCAGGAGAGGGCUGCUCCAUAACCACUUGCACUGAAGUUGCAGAGGUAGCAGUACAAAGCCUUUCUAACGCCGCGGUAUUGAGACCUACAGCUAACUUCUGGAAUCUGUUAAGGAAAAACACCAGGUGAUGGCAGGGACGUGGCCAACUUUGAUCGUUGUCCAAGUUUCUGUGCUUUAAAGGGUUUGCUACCGUGUGUUAAUUUGUCCAGGUGAAAUCAAAAAACAUGACUGAAAUGAGAGGGAUGCUGGAAAUAUUGGUAUUUUUUAUCAGUUCUGUACAUUUUUAAAGUAUUGAAAUGGACACAGAGCAAUUGUUUGAUUUAGCAGAAGAGAUGGCAGGAAUAGAGUCCGACAAGCAUCUAAUUUUUUCAGAUGAUUAUGGGACAGUAAAUAUUUUGAAAACGUCGUGUGAAAUCCAGUUCUCUGUUGUACAGAUGCUGUAAAAUAUUGUGUAUAUGUCUGCAUAAAAGGAGAAAGAGCAAAUUAUUUUAUAUGAUGCAUGAAACGUAAUCUGUUAUUUGUAGGUUUGAAUAUGUUUCCCUAAAUUUUCACGCCAUACUCAGACCGAUGUUUUCCUCCGUUCUGCCCCUUUGUUUACAACAUGCUGCAUCGUUACUUUCACCCUCAGCGUGGGCACAAGUCUCUCGUUUGUGCUUUGUGUGUGAUGUCACAGUCUGUCUGGUGAGGUAUGGUGUGUUGGUUAGUUGACUUCUCGAGGUUCAAUCGUUGACGAAGCCGUUUGAACUGGUGGUCAUGCAUCAGGGUUCAGGGUGUUCAGAUCCAUCGAGUAUCAUCCAUCGUUUCGUACCUAAUGCGUUUUAUUUGACAAGAAAAAAAGAAUAAUAAUAGUAAUUUGCACUGCUUCCUUGCGGAUGGUUUGGAAUUUUAUUCCCCAAAGCUAUCUUUUGAUAUAGUUCAUAGUCGGAAAAUAUUUAUGUAAAAUGUUUAAAAAAAAAAAAAAGAAAAAAAAAAAGAAAAAAAAAAGAUGGUAAUUUUCAAGAAUGUUUCAGUUACAGGAGUAAUUUGCACAAAAAAAAAAAAAAAGAAAUAUAUUUACAUUUAAUAACCUUUGGGGCACUUUUUAACCACUUUCUCUGUGGUGAGAAAUGUAACUUGUUAAAAUAUGUUGGAAUCUUUUUAUUCUCAUUCGAAAAUUAGGUCUUUCUUUAGUCAGAACUGAUUCAGGGUCAUUUUAACAGCGACAGAAAAAACCCAUAGUGCCUUGAUUUUAAUUCAGGUGAUAACGUUGAACAUCUUGACUUACAGCGUCUCGAAUCUGUAACCAUUCUCGAUUUCGAAGUCUUAGUACAUCGUCAGCCAAACUCGUGUAUCUACUUUGUAGCUGUUUCUGCAUCGUGAUCAUCUCAAUAACGAUGUGAGUUGAGAACGUGAGCAUCUUUGAGUGCUGCUCCCCCUCAAACACUAAGGCAGAAACUGAGGAGUCUCUGUAAUCUCAGUCUUUGUAGGUAUUGUCCUUGAAGAUGUAAGAGCAGAGGGUGCUCCUUUAGCGGGAGCAGGGAGAGUAACCCCGUUUGAAAUAGUAACAGCCUGAAAUAAUUUCUGUAGUGUUUAGAAUAUGUCGUGGGGGAGAUGACGGCCAAGUUAGGAGAUACCACUGAACUAAGACUUCAGAAGGCAACUUCACUUUAUAAGAAAAUAAAAAGUUCCAACAGAUACGAUGUGCUAUUUUAGGUAGGGUCUUAUGGUACUAGUUUGUGAAAACCACAACUUUAGAGGAAAGUAAAUAAACGCAGAUAGAUCUGAGAAUUAAACAGCAAAAGCAGUUAGAAGUAGGAGUAGGGAGAGAAAGCUGGAUUAAUCUUGAAUACCAAGGAGGAGUUGAAUGAAUGUAACCAAAUGGUGAUGGACUGUUUUGUACUCUGGAACAGUUUGAUUGUAUUACUGGGUGAGCCAAACCCUCAGGAGGGUGGCACCAGUUCAGCAAGCGCUCCGUGCUGUCAAUGGCAUUUUGGGGCUGGCCUUUGCUUCUCCAGGUGUCUCACCAUUGUAUCUUUGUUGUUCCCCACUUACAAAGCAAGAGUUCGGUACCAAAAAGCGCAGUUGUGAACAAGGAAGGAGUGUGAGAAAUACAGUACCAAAGAGAGUUAGAUUGUGUUCUGCUCCAAGAGGCCUCUCGCAGCGAGGAGCAGGUGCCAGUACCAGACAUGGCGAGGAGAAAUUCCCCUUCUCUAAAAGGAUUUCUGCCAUUCUCUGAGCUGGGAGAAGGGUCAGAAGCCUGCUGCUGUAGAGCUCCAUGUAACAAAGUUUGCCUUGCUCUGCUCUGCUGCUGCACCAUCCACCUGUUUCUGAAAUGAGCUGCGUUACCGGAGGUCUGUGCUAGCAGCACUGCUGCUUAAUGGAAGUAGGUUAGAGAAAAAUUGUUAACCAUUUACAGUAAUAACAGAGCACUAAAAAAGAAAUCUGGGAGAGCUUUAAUAGUGCUGUUAGAACCACGGAAUAGUGGUAAAAUAGGUUUAUUAAGCUAUUAUACUGAGAAUGACAAAAAUAGAGAUAACAGCCAGCCAGUUAAUGAUGCAGCUUUUGAUACGAAGCUCCAUUUAAACUUCUCUUCCCAUUCCCCUCCUCCCCAUUACUCUCAUGUGCUGCUAUAGGUCUGUUGGUAAGACGCUGAACUAGGUGAGAGAAAAUAGAUGACAGCGAUAGCAGGGCUGCUGAAAGAGAAUAAAGAAAUGUACGCUUUGAUGAAGGAGCUUUUUGUAACCUCGGAGAGAGCUUGUUCAAUGAUGGAGCUACCAGCCAGUAGGCAAAGCAUAGAAGGUGGGGAAAUUCAAAGAAACUGGAAAAAUACAGCAUCCGUUCGAAAAAUACCUACUGCGAAUCAGGCCAACUUUAUACAAAAGCGAGUAUGUUGAGCUCGUUCCAUGUUCAGUGCAAGGAUGCAGAUGCUUUGUUUCACAGCUGCUGACUCAAAGGUGUAUAUUUCAGGUGUCUGCGGCUUCCCCCUUGCUGAAUCGAUUGCUGAGCUGUCCUUGAUUUUAGUGGGAAGAGGACCAGGCUGUCGCCUCUUUCUUAAUCAGCCUUUUGCUUCUGCCUGACUCAUUUACUACAGUUAUAGAUUAUUUGCAACAUCCUAAUCAAUAGCAUGAUAAGGAAUGCUGCGAUGCUGCAGGUUUUGGGGUGCAGAUGUUACAGAAUGACUCUGACAGAGGGGAAGGAGUCUGUUAAGGAGAGGGUUGUAUUUGUGAAGGCACAGUCUGGUGGUCUGGAACAGUGAAACAGACAAGAGUUGCAGGGAGUUUAGAAGACAGACAUUGUUCACCUGCGAUGGGUGAGGAUUUGAAGAAAAGCUUCUAGGAAAAUUACAGAGAAAAAGAAUAUAUAGCUAUUUUUAUAUUAUAUUUAAUAUAUAUUUGUAUAUAAAUAUGAAAAGAUUCUAGUAGGAGCUCUCCAUAUGCCUUCCAUUUCACCUAGAAGGUUUACCUUCUGCACUAUGGUUUCCGGUGUGUCGCCAUUUGUGUGGGCAUCCUGCCUGCUGCCAAACACCAAAAUCAGUAACCCAGUAUCCUUACAACAGGUAGGCUUCAUUUCAGCUUUAUGUAAUUAAUGAAUGAAUUAAAGCUGUAUCAAUCAGGCAGUUUCUCGUGGGAAAAAAAAAAAAAAAGAAAUUCUCUUAAGAUUCAAAUAGCACUUUCUUAUCUUUUUUUUUUUUUUAAUUAUUAUUAUUUUUGGAGUAAUAAGAAGCACUUUACUGAAAAGACUAUUUGAAAAGCAGUUUAUUUCUUUAGUCGGUGAAACUGUUCAGGGGGGCAUCGUGGAAUGACGUGUAGAACUGUCAAACAGAGACAUUUCAGGAAAAUGUUUCUUUAAAACGGUGAUCCUUUGAGGCUCAAAGCAUAAGGUGAGAAGGGCUUCUGGGCCUGGUUGGCUUCGUGUUUCACACGGCGCGGGGAAAGGAUGAACAAUUAUGGCUUCCUAGGGAGGAGAGCUUUUACGUUGCACAGUUGCCUAUGAGGGAGACUCAUGGGAGGCCCAGCCGCCUGCUCAGUUAUUGUAAGCUUCCCUUAGGAUGAUGAGGUGUGUGACAGCGCACCCCGCGGGGUUAAAGACGUGGCCUUUUGCAGAUGUUGAAGUUGGUUCCAAAACCACGCGUACGUUCAGAGAACUUAACCCGGGUAUUGCCAUGAGCGUCGUAGAUGUCACGGCAUCGGGAGGUGGCGGACCUCACAUCCGUGAGUUUCUCUAUUUGAAAUGAUUAUUAAAAUGAGAUGUACGUACAGUCAGAGGACUGGAAAGAAAGGUUAUUUUGAUUAAAAGGAGAGAGAAUAGUUUUAAUAAUUAACUUUUUAUUUUUUUACUUAUCCCUGGUGGAAAAAAAAAAAAGAGUCGAAGAGUUGAAUGAAUUUGGAUUAAAAAAGAAGGACGUGUUUAAACCAAUGACAGUAGGUGAGACAACUGUGAGCGAACGUCUGACUGAAACUGUUGUGGUUGUCCUGAGGCUGGAUGGUUGCUUUUUCAGUAUCAUGAUUUGUAACACUACAUUCCUUGUCUGUUUUGUUUUUUAACCAGGUGAUUUAAGCUCUGUUAUACUUCAUGCUGCGUCACCUGCAUGAAUUGUGCCAGCAUGAUACGCUCUGUUCAAAGAAACUGAAUAAAAUGGAGGGGGGGAGGGGGGUGAAAACCACAAAACAAAACACUGUGUCUGAACAAAAUACUGUGUGGCCUAUACGGAGACCCCAGCUAGGACUGAGAGAUGCUGCAUUAACAGACAAUCAAUGGGUAAAUUAUUUAUGAAACACUUUCGGGAACGGUCUUAAAGGUGUUCCUGCUUUGAAAGCAGUCGUGCAAGUCGUGUUUUUUAAGAAGGAAGGUAAAAACUAUUUAUUGUAAAGCACAUCGGAUGGAAGGUUGGGUUUUUAAAGCAGUGUUUGAUUUCACAGCGUCUCGGGUUCCAGUUUUGUUUUGUACUUUUCGAACCGGCAUUAGCUUUGUACCCGUUCACCAACAGCCCCUAAUGCCGCUCGUAUUGACGUCAGGAAAUGUAGAUGCAGUUCCCUGGUGUUCGUGUGACCAUUUACUAACUGUCAAUUUUUGGUUGGUUUGUUUUGUUGUUUUUGUUUUGUUUUUUUAAUUGAAUAAAUGUAACAUUUCAAAUUUUGCUUUUUGUAGCUUCCGAGGUUGUACAAUUCUGGGUUGGUUCUUCUUUCUGAGUUCCUUAAUGUCACUUCGGUAAGAGUUUCACAGUGCAGUGCUCUCGUACCCUUCCUUCCCACAGAUGUACGUAACAAAGGCACUCUCUACCCCCCAACAACUGACGUUGUGACAAGUUGCUCGAUGUCAAUUUUACCUUCUCUCCCUCCCCAGAGAAAUGACUUGUGAGACCUUCAGUAAAAACGCAUACUGUA